AUGUCUUCCCGCCCUGUCACUCCAACGAGCAGAACUCGCGGUUGCUUGGCCUGCCCUGGGGGCGAGAAUGUGACGCCCAAGUCGGCUGUGCGCCAGAUCUCACCCGUCUAUGGAUCCGUGGGUCGUGCUUUGGGACAUAAAUCCCUGGACGCAGUACGCUCUGUCAGAGGCUCCUUGAAGGGACAACGGGCCCUAAAGACGGCCACCAACGCCAUCCCAGCGACGUCGAGCUCCAGCUGUUCGUCAAGCCCAGCUGGAUCUGCCACCAAGCAGAGGUGGUAUGACUCUAUUCGCUCCAGGACCUCUCAGAUACCAACGCCCAGAAGUCCUGCUUCGUCGUCCCCGACACUGAAGCGACGGUUGUUCAAAAACGGCGCAGAUGAUGAGAAGCUGCUGACUGCGCCAAAAUGCGCACUUCACACCUCACCCACUCCUUUGGAACGAUCUCAAAGACAUGUUCAGGCCCAGACCCUCCGGACUCCGCCUCCGAAGCUUGAACUUCCGGGCCUUGACGCAGAUCCGCGAAGGAACACUACCUUCCGAGCCUGCUCAGAGAAAGUGAUUCAAGAUAUUGGCAGAAAGUACGGGGCCACAACACCUAGCAUCUUGCCAAAGUCCGCCCCGAGCAGUGACACAUUCGCGUCGUCAGCACAGAGCGUGAGGCUCAGACGUGCCGAGGGGAAGAUUGGGAACGUAUCUCAUGAGCCCAAGGGUAGUCUGGCCAUGAAAUGCGACGUACACUACCCGUUGAUUCCUUCCACCCCAUCCCGCACUGAAUCCUUCCAAGACACGGCUGUGGCGCUUUCGAAUUGCUCUCUCAACAACAUGCUCUGCGGUAAUCCUGAGUAUAGCAAUGUCAGACUCUGGACUUUGUUCACCUCCGUGACAUCGCCUUCCAGAGUCCAGCAAAGCUUCACCGUUCUGCCAAAGUAUCUAAAGCCGGAUCGCAAUGCCCUAGGCACAACCUAUCAGUGGGCGAUAAUAGUCUUUAGACACGGCCCUGCCCCGAGUCGACUGCCAAGUUCGGUGAGGCAGCAUGAGGCACUUUUGCACUCCGCGGCCGAGAGAGUCGUGAACAUGGGAUAUCACAUUGACGUGUGGACCAAAUCCGAUAACUACUGUUGGAGGGAGGCCAAGCUACAGGCUCUCGGUAAUGAGAACUGCCAGGGGCCCGACCAGUCGCUCUGUGAGAAAUACCAUGCAAUGGUUGGUCAUGGGAUCCCAGGCUUUUCUAUUGAGGAGAUCCAACUCAUCGAACAAAUGGCACGGAUUCGAACGCAACACUCUGAUUCGCAAGACUCUAAGACCCUGUGCACCGAGGUUGGCCUGCAAACCCAGUCCGACACUGAGGACGACCUGGGAUGCCGUCUUGACGUCGAUUCUCAGUUUGGCGGCUUCCUUGAGCACCAGGAAGAAAGCAUCCUAUCAUUCGGCUCAGAAACUCCAUUCGAGCUCCACGACCACUCCCACAUCAGCGGGAUUUCAGAGGACUUGGAUAUGGCAGCGAGAUUGGGCGGGAAGACGUUCGCAUGA